GUUCCUACUGCUUUAAAAAAAUGGAAGCUGCAACCAAGUACAAGCAAGGCUUUUAAAAGUUCCCGGACUUCAAAAUUAGUAGAGAUGGCAACAAGUCGAGAAGUGAGGGAGCCUCGUGCAGCAAACACCAAAGCUGCUGAUUUUUUAAAGGAAUUCAAGAAUUCUGGAAAUUACGAAGAGCCCUUAUUUAGUGAUGACAGUAACGACAGUGAUAAGUAUCGUCCACCUUUUGGAGGCAAGCAGCUGGCCAGACUCAUCGUGGAGGCUCUUGACGGGUUGGGCGCCUUGACUGCUGCGGCCAAGAAGGUUGAGAUUGCUCCUGACUCCUGUACUGCCGUCCCCCCGCCGAUGGCGCCGCUGCCGCCGUCACUACUGCCGCCGCCACCACCCUCACUACCGCCGCCGCCGCCGCCACCGUCACUACCGGCGCCGCCAACCACCGUCACCGUCACCGCGAACAGACUCUCUACAGCUGACUCCAGAGCCCCCGAUGCCGACUAUAUCAGUCGUUCUAGUAUCAAAACAAGACACAUCACUUGA